AUGGACAGUGAUGGCGGCGUUCCUCCACCAGGGACGGUGCAGUUGCUUGAAGGUCACGGAGCCGGAAAAGAUGGCAAAGUUGUCUUGGCGCCUGCCCCUUCCGAUGAUCCAAACGAUCCCCUGAGAUGGCCCAUGUGGCGCAAGUGCUUGAACUUUGGGCUGCUCGUCGCCCAGACGACGGCCCUCUUCACAGGCCUGUCCAUUCCGACAAUCUUCUGGCCCCAGAUGCUCAAGGAGCUGCCCCAGUUUAAGCAGCAAGACCUCGCAAACGCGGCGGCCGUCCAGCUGGUCGGACUCGCCGUCGGCUGCAUCGUCUUCAUCCCCUUUUCCAAAAAGUACGGCAGGCGCCUGGUGUACAUCCUCGUCAUGGCCAUCGCCGCCAUUGGGGCCUGGUGGCUUGCCUUGAUGAAGACAAUGGCGGACCUGUACCUGUCCAACUUGCUCAUCGGCAUCGCGGGAGCCGUCAACCAGACAGCCAUUGCCAUGAGCAUCAACGACAUCUUCUUCAUCCACCAGCGCGGCACCGCCAACGGCGCCUUCUUCGGCGCCAUCAUGGCCGGGUCCUUCCUCACCCCCAUGGCAGCAGGCAUCCAGGGCAUCACGAGCGGAUGGAGAGCGUCGUUUGCGUCGCUUGCCACGUCCAUGUCCAUCCUUACCGUCGUCUUCAUCGUUGCCUUGGAGGAGACCAAGUUUGUCCCCGCCGUCCGCCAGACGAGUCUCGACGACCAGGACAGCAUGUACAGGAUGGACUCUGCCGAGUCGGAUCUCAAGGCCCUCGCGGCCGUGACGGAGCUGGAACGCGGCUCGCAGGACGACCCGAUGAGCCAGCCGCCAAGCAAGCCAUCCUUCCUGCGAGGCGCGCGGCUGCAGCUCAUCACCAAGACGGACGAGUCGCUGUGGAAGGUAUUCUACUUUCCCAUCUACUCGUGGUGGUUCCCCCACGUCGUCUUCUCCUGGCUGCAGCUGGGGUCGAGCAUCUGCUGGCUCGUCGUCAUGGCCUCGGUCCUCACCAUCGUCUUCUCGGAGCCGCCCUACAGCUUUGACGCCGCGGGGCUCGGCUACAUGACCGGCGGACAGGCCGUCGGCUCCGUCUUCGGCGCCAUAUAUGGCGGCUACUGCGUCGACAAGACCAUCAUCUGGAGGGCCAAGCGCAACGGCGGCUGGUUCGAGCCCGAGAUGCGGCUCUGGCUGUACCCCUUUCCCGCCAUCGCCAUGGCCGCCGGCCUGGUGAUUUUCGGCGUGUCUGCUGAUCGCGGCAUGCACUGGAUCGUCCCCAGCGUCGGCGGUGCCCUGUUUGCCUUUUCGUUUGGCGCAAUCUCGGAUAUCUCGACGGCUCUGGUGCUUGAUUCAUUUCCAAACAUUGUCUCGCAAACCUUUGUGACCAUCACCUUUUUCCGCAACGCCAUCAGCAUGUCGGGCCCCUUUUCGGUCACGCCGUGGCUCGAACGCAUGAGCGUCUCCAACGUGUUCAUCGUGGCCGCCAUCAUCAGCCUCGCCAUCAAUGCCUUGGCCAUACCGCUGGCCAUAUGGGGCAAGAAGGCGAGGAGAUCCGUCGCGUCUCGGUACGAGUACCUGUCGAACCAGAGCGAGUGA